CCGCGGGCCCCCGCCUCCUCCCUCCAAAUAAACUGAAGCAAAAACUUCCCCCUCCCCAACUUCAAGGGUGGUCAUGGGCUGCGUACCCUCCCCAGCCUCCAUCGCCUCCUUAUGAGAUUUAUUAGGAAGCCACUCUGCGCCACACGUAGUAUUUGCCCACAGCCGCCCAAUUCAUCGUAUAACUUGAUGGCCAUCGAAACCCUAACUUCCUCUUCAUCGUCAAACUGCAACGACGACGACCGCCUAUGUUCCGAACCACAAGGAGAACCAGAAGGAGAGACAGCCCAUUUGGACGGCCUCCCGGCCCCAAAUCCAAACGGGUACUUGAGCACAGAGUCGCGGAUCGAGAGAGCCUGGGCACACUGGAAGAAGCUUGGGCAACCUAAGUUCAUAGUGGCCCCCAUGGUCGACAACUCCGAGCUCCCCUUCCGCAUGCUUUGCCGCAAGUACGGAGCUCAAGCUGCUUAUACCCCUAUGCUUCACUCUCGUAUUUUUACCGAAACUGAAAAGUACCGCUCUCAAGAAUUUACCACCUGCAAGGAGGACCGUCCGCUAUUUGUGCAAUUUUGUGCGAAUGAUCCAGAUAUAUUGUUGGAGGCUACGCGGAGAGUAGAACCCUACUGCGAUUAUGUAGACAUCAAUUUGGGAUGUCCGCAGCGUAUCGCUAGGCGAGGGAAUUAUGGAGCUUUCCUUAUGGACAAUCUUCCUUUGGUUAAAUCUAUGGUAGAAAAACUAGCAAACAACCUUAGUGUUCCAAUCUCCUGCAAAAUACGACUUUUCCCGAAUUUGGAAGACACAAUCAAUUAUGCCAAGAUGUUGGAAGAUGCUGGUUGUGCUCUUUUGGCAGUACAUGGUCGGACUAGGGAUGAAAAAGAUGGGAAGAAAUUUCGUGCCAAUUGGAGUGCCAUCAAGGCUGUUAGAGAUGUCAUGAGAAUCCCUGUUCUGGCUAAUGGGAAUAUAAGAUACAUGGAAGAUGUGCAGAGCUGUUUGGAAGAGACUGCGGUUGAGGGGGUACUUUCAGCUGAGUCUCUGCUGGAAAACCCAGCCCUCUUUGCUGGAUACCGUACUGUCGAAUGGGUAUCAGGAAGUGAUGAUAUCUGUGUAGAUGGAAAACUGGACCAGGCGGAUUUACUAGUUGAAUAUUUAAAGUUUUGUGAGAGUUAUCCAGUGCCAUGGAGAAUGAUUCGUUCCCAUGUGCAUAAGAUGCUAGGAGAUUGGUUCAGGGUACAUCCAAAUGUAAGAGAUGACCUUAAUGCACAAUCAAAACUCACAUUUGAGUUUCUCUACGACGUGGUUAAUCGACUUAGGGAUCUUGGUGUGAGGAUACCACUGUAUGUGAAGGAUAGCAGAGUGGAGAGGGCAUCUGCAAAUGGAUUUGCGACAUGAGAUUUAUGGUCCUGGAAGAGAUUUCAUAUUUGAGGCUUGCUGUAGUAUAGAAUUCUGCCAAAGUGGUGUCUGAGGAGGUUGAGUUACACUGUUAUUCUUUCUACUGCUAGUCAAUAGCUGUUAGCUUGCUACUAGUGGAAGUAAUGCCCGAGUGGUUGAAUGAGGAGGUUAACAGCAUGAGAGUUGAUUCCUCUUGAUUCUUCCUGUGACAUGUGAUGAGGUAAGAGAAGUUACUUUAUCCUUCUUCUGCCAUUAUUUGGCUUUUGAGCUGGAAUAUUUUGUUAAUCAUGGUCCUAAAGUAUCAUGAAUGUACUUCACUCUGUUGUUCGGUAAUCAGCACUUUAGCUUAGAAUUGUUUACAAUCUUUCACCUGAAGAGUUGCUUAGUACGAAGAAAUUUGUUUGCUUGAUCAGUGCUGUUGGUGAGGUAAUAGUGCCUUCCAAGGAUAACUUGUUCUGAGUUCAUUGUAUUAGCUUUUGCAUUUGUUAGACAUUUGCCAGUGUGAAACACUGUUUCACUAUAUGCUUCCUCAGUGUCAUUCUGUUCUUGGCUUCAUUGAAUUUAGUUAAAGAUUGCUUAGUUUUCUCACCAUAGCGCUCUUUGCAAUCAUAAUGAAGUUCCAUCUUCCUUCCUUUUGCAGAGUAGUGGUUUUCAUCUAUCCUAUCAGUAGCAUUUAGACGUCUCUUUGUAGACAAAAGUGCAAUAAAAUCUAGAGUGUUGGCAAAACUGUGUGCGCCAGUGUCGGACAAGUUAGAAACCAUACGAGUGCCACUGACAGUUGAAAUUUCAUGCGACACGUUUAGCUGCCUUGUUUUCUACUUUCCUCUUUUAUCUUUUUGCUGCUUCACUAUCUGACAUAGGCUGCAGAUUGGAUGGUCAUCAUUGUUGAAGGCAAAGCUUUAGGAAUUUUAAAGGAAUACUUUGGUGGUGAAAUUGUGCCAGAAAAUUUAAAAACCUUAACUUGGUAGAUUCGUGAACCCUUUUUUUUUUUUGGCCCUAGUUUGCAUUAAAAUAGUAAAAGAUGGAAUGAAAAUAGAACUCUUCCAGAGAAGACAGCAGAAAAGGGCAGCUAUAGAACUCUGGGAAAGGCAGAGUGGAACCUAUUGGUCCCUCUUGAAGAUAUUUGUUUAAUUUUCCUUGGCAUCUGAGUAGCCUGUAAAGAUAUAUUAGGGGAACAGUUUGUUAGUGCAGAUACAAAAUUGAGUGUAAAAUGUUUAUGCCGGUGAGAAUAGACGAUUGGGGAUGCACAUGUCAACUGCGACACAGUAGGAACAUCAAGGAGGAAGUGCACAUGCACAAGAUUGGAAGGAUGUAUUGACGAUUGGGAUGGCUCCUCCGGAAUUGCAUUGGGAGGGCAAUUGUCCUAGGAAAUAAUAGUAAGAGGACAGAUCCUCGUUGAAAGGUCAAUCAUGCGAAGUUUUGUCCUACUGGCUACUAUCUCUUUCACUUUUCUGGCGGCCUGCCUUUUGAGCUGUCUCGAACCUGCUGCGGCGGAUGUGUCGGUUGCCUUUUGUAAAAGGGGAGCGCUGGGGCAACGGACUUGCUGGUUUUGAAAGGGAACGGAUUCACAGCCAUUGCAGGCCGCUUCAUCCUGCCAAGUCCGUCGUGUUAUUGGACAUCAUCGAUGUAUUAUUCUUUCUUUUUUCUUUUAAAGUGAAAGUGUUGCUCUUAUUUAUAGAG